CCUCUGUUCCUGCCCUUUCAAAGGUUUGUUGGUGCACUUGAUUGACAAUGGUUGUUCAUGAGUGCAGUUUUCAAUAUGUGUUUACAGGUUCUAUUGUCACUGUUUGUCUGCAACAGUACACCUUCGCUUCGCUCGGCACAGGCUUCGCCUGUAGGGAGUCAUCGUAGUCUUGCCUCUCCCUCCGGGGGAAUCAUUAGUGUAGAAUGCUGGGCUACAGUAUUCAAUUGUCAAUAUCUACACAUGGGUGCAAGUGUUUAUACAUCAGCUUUACACGACUAUCUGGACUAUUUCAUCAACUAUCAAAUAAUGCGUCACUUCGUUAUCAACUUCAAAUUAACUUAAUUCUUAUAAGCCUGUUAAAAAUACUUCCAGUUAGUUUCUGCCAAUAGUGAGGAUUAAGUCUGCCAGCCUUCCUACUUGCCAACAUUCCCAAGUGUAAUAUCCACUUCCAGUGCCCUCGUU